AUGACCGACACAGACGUGCUAGCCCACCUCCGAGCAUACAAAACGCAGAACUACCUGCUGGGGCCCGUCAGCGUGUGGCACCGCGUUCCGGUCGUCCGAAGAGCCCUGGUUUUCAUCCUUCUUUUCAUCGGUCUGGUUGGUGAGCUUCGGGUUGUUUUGACCAAGCGGUCUCUGAAACUCCGGACGUUUCCAGGCCACAUUUCGCUUCCGGGCGGCAAGGCAGAUACAGGCUUGGAGCUGCCGUGGCAGGUGAGUCGCCGUGAAAUGAGUGAAGAAAUCGGCCUCAGCGAAGACAACGACUUCCUAGAGAGCAACUACGGUUUCACCAUCGAACACAUCAACGAGAUGCCGUGCUACCUUCUGCGGACGAUCCUGGCCGUCAGGCCGUGCAUUGGGUUCAUGAAAUUCAAGGAAAACGGCCGCAGUAGGGAGGAAUUGUUGGAAAGACUCAAGCUUAGGGUCAAUCCGGGAGAGAGCUCGUCCAUCUUUAGUUGUCCGCUUCGUGACUUUCUUUACCCUGCCGUGGAGGAGACCGCCCAGGAGGCGCUCGAAAGAACCCACCAUUUGAUCAAAUGGGCCGGGAUCCCAUGGCAUUUGCGCUCAUACACUUUUCCUCAAUUGAACAUUAAGGAGGCCGCGUGGCUCCAGGGCUUCAAGGAUAUCUCUGCUUCGGAGGAGGAGUGUUCGGCUGACGAGGACGCCAAGCUGGCCCAGACGCCUCCACCUACGCCUCGAAAGAAACAGAAAAAGGACUUAACGUCCUGGGGCCAGCUUGGAUCUCGUAUGGACGAGGAAACCAACACGAAAAUCUACGACGUGUGGGGGCUCACGGCAAAUAUCCUCCAUGACUUGGCAGAAGUCGUCUACCUUAGCCAUUCUGUGAAUGGCAGGCAGCUUGGAGAAGAGGAGCUCAUACACAGUUUGUGGAAGCACGGGCAGCUCAAGGGCAAGGUACGUUCCGAGCAGGAGGCUGCAUUGAUUUCACUGACGCCUACAGAUAAGGUUUCAUUUAGCGAUGUGAUGCCCCGGUCCGAGUUUCUUCGUCUCAAGCGGUUGUACAAGAUAUAG